AUGUCCCAACGCAAGAUCCAUGUGGCCGUGUUGGAUGCCGACAUCCCCUGCCUUGCUGUAUAUAAAGCGCGGGGUCUAUACAGCUCGCAAUUCCGGGUCCUGCUCCAAACAGCGGCCCAACGCCUCAACAAACUCCCGGAAACCCUUCAGAAUGGACCCCUGGCCGUCCAUGUAACGGCCUUUGAUGCCGUAGGCGGGUCGCUGCCUCCUCUGGAGACUCUACGCACCAGCCCUCAGUCCCCCGAGCCUCAUGCCGGUGGACCACUGGGUCCGAUAGACGCGAUCUUAAUCACCGGCUCAGCAUUCUCAGCUUACGAGAACCUCCCAUGGAUUCACGCGAUGCAAUGCUACAUUCAAACGGUGCAUACCCACUACCCCAGCGUGAAGCUCUUUGGCUCCUGUUUCGGGCACCAGGUCAUCGCCCAAGCGCUCCUCGGCGCCAAAGCAAACCCAACCAACCAUUCAACAUUCCAUGUCGCACACUCGCCUGCCGGCUAUGAAAUGGGCAUCCAGCCCAUCACUCUGCAGCCGUCAUUUACAGCGCGCUUCCCCCCUCUUGCGCGCGCAGCACAGAACCCAUUCCGCAUCCAGCUGAUCCACAGGGACGAAGUUGUCCUCACCCCUGCAGCCAAAGCCAAAGCGGCGGCAGGGACGGAGGUGUCGCUGCCAGCGCCGUGGUCCAACAUCGGGAGCAGUGCGCAAUGUGCUAUCCAAGGUCUCUAUAACCCGGGACGGGUACUGACGUACCAAGGUCAUUUUGAAUUCGACACUUUUGCCAACAGUGAGCUUGCGCGAGAAUUCGGACGCCGGGGGAAUUGGCCGGCGUCUACGUUGGCAAGAUAUCUGGAGCUGAUUAAUCGUUCCUGGGUUCCUGGUCAGGAGGAUGACGAUGAUGCCAAGGCUGCGGCGGAAGUAGUUCUGUUAUUCUUUGCUGGGGAAGAUGUGAAGGAUUUAGGCCGGGGUGUUGGCAAUGGCAUGAUUCCGCCUCCGUUGGAUUGA